CGAGCACGCCAUCAUACGAGUGAAGAGCUCUGCCGACUAGCCAGCGCUAGGUACAUCGUAGUCAGCAUCACGCUUUGGAGACAAAAAUUCAAUACCGUAAAUUUAUCAUCUCAAUACUAUAGCAAUCAUCUGCUGGCCAUGUGUUGAAUGAAAGGAUUACCACCACAGUAGGGUAUCACUUGGUGUCGUCUCUAGAGCUUUCAGAUAGAGAUCACGUGCGCUUUGUUAUCACGCCUGUGAAACAUUCGAUUCUAGGCUAUAAAAAAGUGCGUUAUUGUUCAGCGGCCACAAACUUUUGCAUAUGUACAUAUUCCUCAUGUCUAUGUAUCUGAAUUCGAUACAUACACCUGUUACGCGGAUUACAUUUCUGCGCCUGCGCGAACAUUAUUGAAUUCUGUUUCAGCAACUUGUGUCCAUGUGAUCCUUAGCAGUUUUCCACUCGUAACAUUACUGGGUGUGUCACCUCAACACUUCUCCAUAAAACUGGCUUAAGAUCGAAUCAAGUAGGAAAUACUGAUUUUGAAUUUUCUCUUUCACGCUUUUGUUCAAAAGGAUUGUGUAUAUUUUGGAAAUAUACGUACAGCAUGGCAGGGACCACCGACGGAAAUUUCUUGCGACAAUUUCGGGAUUUGACUACCAGAGAGUUUAAGCAGAUUACAGCCAACCAAUUCAUGGACGUAUGGCACCAUUACGACUCUAACAGUGAUGGAUACAUAGAGGGUAAAGAACUGGACAGCUUCCUGAAGGAAUUAGUGACCAGUAUUAACAAAGAAGAUCUCGGACCAGAGGUCGUUUCAGAAUCUGCGCUUAAAGAAGCAAAAGAGCUAAUUCUGAAUGCCUUCGACGAAAAUCGAGAUGGCAAAAUCGAUAUUGCCGAGCUUGCACAAAUCCUGCCAACAGAAGAAAACUUCCUGUUGUUAUUCCGAAGAGACCAUCCACUUGACUCAAGUGUGGAGUUUAUGAAGGUAUGGCGAGAGUUCGAUUCAGAUCACAGUGGAUUUAUUGAGGCUGACGAACUAAAGAACUUUCUGCGACACUUGUUGAAGCAGAAGAAGCGAGAGUACACCAUAACCGAGGAACAGCUCACGAUAUACACCGGGACAGUGCUCCAGCUUUUUGACCGCAACAAAGACGGGAAACUCCAACUUAGUGAGAUGGCAAAACUGUUGCCCGUGAGAGAAAACUUUCUCUGUCGACCAGUGUUUAAGAAAAUCUUUAAGCCACGAGCAUUAGAUAUGUUUGCAGAUAUACCUUGUGUAAGAAACAGAUUUAAACGACAAGGGAGUGCUAACAAAAUGACUCACGAUGACAUCAAACGAGUGUUUAAUCUCUACGACAGGGAUGAAAAUGGUUCAAUAGAGAAUGAGGAGCUGAAUGGCUUCCUUAAGGAUCUGAUGGAGCUCGUGGAAGAGGGAAUGCCAGCUGAAGCAAAGGACUAUGACGAGGAAGAUCUGAACGAGUGCAAGAAGAUACUUUUGGAUAAGUGUGAUCUUAACCAUGACGGGAAAAUCAAUCUUGAUGAACUGAGCAUGAUCCUCAUGUCGUACAAUAGGUCUUCCAGUGACACGGAGUGUGCCAAAGAAUAACAUGCCAAAGAAUUUACAGGUCGGGGUCACAAAUAUGUCGUCUGUUGCAUCAAAUCAGUUUGAACGAAAAAAAGAAUUCUUGUGUAGAAGAAUAGGGAUAAUCACUGUAUUUGUCAAUGAAUGAGAGUGAAAAUGAAACGUUUUUUUCAUAUUAUGUUCGAUUAACUGAAAUGAAGACUUUAAAAUGAAAGGAAUCUUGAUGCAUGCGUUUAAAGCUAUAACAUGAAAGAGUAGCAGUCCGUGGUUGUAUUUAUAAUAUUUCCCAGCAUUCUUUGUGAUGUCAUAAUAAAUAUAGUGAAGGUAGUCAUAGGGAGGGAUUGUGAAAUUUGUGCUGUCAUUAUAUAGUACAGGUAGUCAUGGGAACAUUGACUUAGCACAGCGAACAAGGAAAGGCCUCAGCAUGUCAUAUACAAUUAGUGACCUUGACUUUCUUAUUAUGUUAUGAAAUAUAAGCUUUAUAUUAUUGCAUUGUAUAUCUAUAAAAUGUCCAAAUCAUACAUUAAGAAUUAUUUUAAACAAAUUUAAAAUGCUUGUAAAAUCAUUUAUAUAUUGCUUUGUUUAAUACAAAAAGUAUAUCCAAAGUGCGACAGACUGUUACACAGUAACCCGAUGUUUACGUUUCCGGUUUUUUUAACACUUGUCUUGUAACUUAUUUCUUUGCAACAUGAAUGGGGAGAGGUUACCAGUUAUUAUUGUGUUCUAUUAUAUCUAUCUUUACAUCGGAUUUAAUUGUAAAUGUAAAUAUUCUGCUUACGGUAAAUGUUCUUUCUCAGUCGAAAUUUCCAUCAAUUAUCUCUUUUUCAAUUGUUUUUAAUUGUUACAAUCAUUGUUUUAAAUUUAUUGAUUAUUAUUGAGAAUAUAUUACAUUGUGAGAUUCCAACAGUAUAUUGUCAUGAGAAUAUCUUAAUCGCUCAAAUCUCCUUAUAAGGUAACUACAAAUUAGAGAUCAAUUCAUACAUAUGUAUUUAUGGUGAAAUCAGUGCCCAAUAAUACGUGACAAUUUUAAACAAAAUACACGUGUAGUCAAAGUUUAGAUCGAUUUGAUUGUUUAUGUGAGAGGAAUGAAGUCAGUAGAAUAGUGUUUUUGACCGGCACAGUUUGGGAGCUUUAAUCAAACUUUGACAAAACAAAACGUACAGUAGAAAUAAAUCACACGUUUAGUUAAUUUAGAUAGGUAGAAUUGCAUGCAGUAAGUUGAAUUGUUACCACGUUAUGUUUUAUAAUUUAAAUGGCUGAAUAUUACAUCAUACAAGUAAAAACUGUUCUGGAACGUAAGUCAGCGUCAAAAAACAAACCAAAGAUAAAAUUUCAAAUAAUAUGGAAAAAAAAUAAAACACUUUAUCUCCGGAUAAACAGUUAAAAUUAAAAACUUUCUCAACACAUUAAUUAGAUGAUCGGUAUCAUAACCAGGAUAUCACAAAGCUAGUCCAACAUACCGUCAGCCUGACAAUACCAUAAGAUCAACAAAGACAGUGACACCAAGUCUCAUUGUGUUAUCUAUAGACCUCCACUUGUCACUUAAAAUUGUAUGCAUAUUUUUUUUAAUCUUGCGUCCAGUUUUUUAUCUUUCUUUUCUCAUUUUUGAUUCCCUAUAAUCUGAAUUUGAAAACAAUUUAAGAUUAAUUGGCACAGUGUACUUAGAAGGAAUGGCUCUACUCAAAGUUCUAAUCAGUAUUAAUUAGUUAAUCUUCUAUCAGGAACUUAGAUUUCGCCUAAAAUAUAUGACUACUUUCUGAACACCUUUUAUAGGUGCAAAUUAAUAGAACAUUCUCUUCUUUGAUUUCUUUAUUAAAUAUCUCUUGUAGUGUAUUAGACUGAAACUAAUAUUUUUACACUUAAUAUUUAUUGUUUAUGUACCUUUACGAAGCAGGCUUCACAUCGACAUGAUGUUUUUUUUUCUACCUUUCUACUUUAUCUCUAUUGACAAUUAAACAAACACACCUUAUAUACAUAUUUGCUCAAAACUGUACCUACCUUUCUUUAACAGAGCCUUUCUGUGAAUCAUAGGUUACCCUUCCCAGGGCAUAUUAAUGAAGUGCCCUUUUUGGUAUUGUUACGUGUCAUAUUUUUUUUCUUUUGUUUUUAAUUAAUUAAUUAAUAAUCAAAUCAUUUAAUUAUAAUCUUCCACAUAAAAUAUACCGAACUAUGAAGACUCGUGUGUGUUCCCCAGAUAUGGCUAUCAAAAUCCUAGAAGGAAUGACGGUGCACUGGUGUUUAAGAAAAUGUGUUGUUUACAAAUCAAAAUAUGAAAUUUUAAUUAAAAAGCGCAUAGCUAACACAAGGUGUUUUGCACAACAGAGUAAUAGGAAAACAACAAAUUUGCAGACGUCAUGCUGUGAGAUUUAACCUUUAAUUUAUGCUUGAAUAUCGAACGUUUUAGCUAUAAACAUCUGUUAUGAUUGUCAUAAACAAUAUAGUUAUUUUCAAUAUUACAAUAAUCAAAUACAAACAUUGAUAUACGACUUCCCCCUUAUAACAGCAGGUAUGUGGUAGAUUUUUAUUGGAUAGUCUCUGUCUCAAGAUAUGACAUAUCAAAGAGGGUACAUAAACCAUUUGAUAAAAUAAACUGACAAAAUCAGGGUGUAAGAUAAAGACUCGGUGAUGUGGGGCCUGGUUGUUGUUGGACAAGAACUUCAAUGAUCUUCACGAUUCUCAAAGUCAAGUUGACUGUUCCGUUUGCAAUGCAUAACGUUAAAUGUGAAACAUGGGUGCUAAACAAUCACAGCUUUAUUCGACAAUACAUUUGUACAAUGGAAUGUGUCUUGCAUGCAGUUUAAGGGCAUUUUCGCUAUUAUUAUCGAAAGUUUUAUCAAUCAAACAGGAAAUAUAGUCACUUCAUGUAAAGAAACUGGAAUUUCUUAAUGUUUCAAUCAUCUAUAUAUCAGACGCACAUAUUAAAACUUGCUUCUGUUAUAACGUUCACUCAAUGUAUUUGAGAUACUUAUAAAACAAAUUGUACAUAUAUUAUUCGAUAUGCUUUUAUUGUGCUUUUUAAUAAAAUAAAUUUGGAAAGAGCGCAUCUUA